AUCAGACAAUACAUUCAGGCCUACCAUUUACUUCCUAUCCAUUCGCUCGCGUCGCACUUACGAUUGUCAACUUUCAAACAAUGUAGAUGCGCCAGUCAGGACCUCAGCGUGUACUGAGCAGUAACUCACUCCGCCUCUCCAAUUUUGUUUGCACUCCGGCACCGCAUCAUGUCCUACUUUCAGAAUCAGAUCAACCAGUUCAGCAGCAACGUUGUAUCUGCUGCGAGUCGUCUCCCGCAAGACCGACGAACGGCCGGAGGUAAUCUCGCUGCCGCCGGAUCCUCCUCCGUUGCUACUUCUACCACUGCACAGGCAGUUAGAUCGUCGUCUACGAACGCUGUCGCAAAUGGUCGCCGACACGAUGCGGAUACCGUCUAUUCUCAACCGGCCAACACUGGCACGGGCAAGGAUAUCAUGACCCAGGUCGUGUUCGCUAUUGACCAUAUGAAAAGCAAGGACUACGCGCUCAAGUUCGCAGAUAUCCUAUCUUAUCUCUCGCUACAGCAACAGGGACAUGACCCUGGUUACAUUCAGGCACUGAAGCGUAUUCUCCAGUCCCAUGAUAAGGUGGAAUAUGAUCCCUCUGGCGCUAAUGGUGAGGGUACCUUCCGGUUUAAGCCUCCGCAUAACAUCCGCUCAGCGGAGCAAUUGCUUCGGAAGCUUCAGUCCCAGCCGACGGCGCAGGGCAUGAGUGUGCGUGAGCUACGGGAAGGGUGGCCGAAUAUCGUUCAGGCCAUCGAUAAGCUAGAGGAGGAAGGAAAACUACUUGUUACCCGAAAUAAAAAGGACAACCAGCCUAAGAUGGUGUGGGCGAAUGACCCUUCCCUCAUUCAGCAUUUUGACCCUGAGUUCCGCCAGAUUUGGGAGAAAAUCAAGAUCCCCGACCAACAGACGGUAACUGAUGAGUUGGAGAAGGCCGGAAUUACAUCUACAAGCAAGAAUAAGGUAACCAAACCAAAACCGAAGGUCGAGCAUAAAAAGGUGAAGAAGGCACGGAGAAGUGGGAAGACCACGAAUACACAUAUGGUCGGAGUUUUGAGGGAUUACUCUCACCUCAAGAGAUGAUGAAUGAAUUUAUAGAUUUCAUGAUGAGUUUGUAUUUUUGCUUUGAAACGACAGUUUCCCCCAAAAUAUCUGCACCAGAAGACGUUGCGAAACCAAGAACAGAUGGGAAUUAAAAAUUAAUUUCGUUUAUUAUCUUCUUACUGUUUGCAUUACUUUGGAAAGGAGUUUGGUGUCAGUAUGAUGGGCUCACUUCUUUCCUUUGCCUUAGGAUUGAGCUAUCUUAGGUAUAUGUUAUGCUCUCCUGGGUAUUGAUUUCGGUUGACGUCAGUUUUAUUACUAUGUACACCAUCCCUCAAUACCAAUAUUAGGAUUUACCAAAUCAC